AAUUUAUAAGCAGACUACUAACUCCGCACCUGAGGUCACACAUACAUAUAACAACUAAAAUCAAGUCUCUUGCAUAUCCUCAACAAACUUAACCUCUCAAAAUCCCUUCUUCUCUCUAUCUUCUUAGCUAAAAAAAAUGUCGGAGACGACUCGAUCUCCGAUGCCGUUAUCGGAGACGAGGUCUCCGAUGCCGCUGUUAUUCCGACGACAUUCGAGUGGCGAAAUCAGAAAUUUAGCUUCACUUUCAAGUAGCUUAUUGCCAGCUUUUGGAACAGUGAUGGGUGAAAGCUCAGUUAGGCUUAAGAGAUUUCUUAUUGCUCCGUAUGAUCGUAGAUACAGAUUGUGGCAAGCAUUUCUUGUUGUACUAGUGGUGUACUCAGCAUGGUCAUCUCCCUUUGAGUUAGCAUUCAGCAAGGCAUCUACUGGAGCACUCUUGCCUGUUGAUUUAGUGGUUGAUGCCUUCUUUGCUAUUGACAUUAUACUCACUUUCUUUGUUGCAUACUUGGACAAAUCUACUUACUUACUUGUUGAAGAACACAAGAAAAUUGCUUUAAGGUAUGUCACACAUCUAUGGUUUCCAAUGGAUGUAGCUUCAACUCUACCAUUUCAAGCCAUAUACAGAGUUGUCACUGGCAAAACUAGUAGAGGACAAGUAUUUGGCUUCCUUAACUUGUUAAGAUUAUGGCGACUCCGCCGUGUUAGUAAAUUCUUCUCGAGGUUGGAGAAGGAUACUAGAUUCAGCUACUUUUGGACGAGAUAUUUUAAACUUAUUUGUGUGACACUAUUUGCAGUGCAUUCAGCUGGUUGUUUCUAUUACUGGUUGGCAACACGUUAUCAUAAUUCAGAAUCAACAUGGAUGGGAGCAAAUAUACCUGAUUUCAAAUCAAGAAGUAUAUGGCUAGGAUAUACUUAUUCAAUGUAUUGGUCUAUUGUUACACUUUCAACUGUUGGCUAUGGUGAUCUUCAUGCUGUGAAUAUUGAAGAAAAGAUUUUCACCAUUUUUUACAUGCUUUUCAACAUUGGCCUUACUGCAUACUUGAUUGGCAACAUGACUAACCUUAUUGUCCAUACCGCUGUCCGAACCUUCGUCAUGAGGGAUGCUAUCAAUGAGAUUUUGAGGUAUGCAAAAAAAAAUAGACUUCCAGAAGGGCUAAGAGAACAAAUGUUGGCACAUUUAACACUGAAAUUCAAGACAGCAGAACUACAACAAGAACAAGUUUUAGAAGACUUGCCAAAGGCUAUUAGAUCUAGCAUUCUACAACAACUCUUUCGUACCACUCUACAAAAUUCCCAUCUAUUCAAAGGAGUCUCCGACGACUUUAUCGUCCAAUUGGUAUCAGAAAUAAAAGCAGAAUAUUUUCCACCAAAAGUGGAUAUUGUCAUACAAAAUGAGAUACCAACAGAUUUCUACAUUAUUGUAUCUGGGGCUGUGGAUGUUGUAACAUACAAGAACGGAAUGGAACAAUUUUUAUCCAAGUUGGGAUCUCAACAAAUGUUUGGAGAAAUAGGUGUAAUAUUCAAUAUCCCUCAACCUUUCACAGUGAGAACUAAAAGGCUUUCUCAAGUUGUUCGUAUUAGUCAUCAUCAUUUCAAGCAAUUGGUACAACCCCUUCAUGAAGAUGGAAAAAUAAUUCACACUAAUUUUAUUCAGCAUUUGAAGGGAUUGAAAAAUGAGGAGCUAGCUGAGAUGCCGCUAAUAUCAGAAUUUCUUGAUGAUUUAAUUAGUGAGGAAGCCUCGAUGAAUGAGGCCGGAGCUCAAGACCAACAAGAAAACGAGUUAUCGGCAACUACUUCUUCGUUAUCAAAAACACCUUCUACUAGAGUGAUAAUUCACGGAUAUCACCCGGAUCAUAAGCCAAAAUCAGGAGGAAAACUUAUACAUCUACCUGAUUCAAUUGAAAAUCUUCAUAGUAUUGCAGAAAGUAAGUUUGGGAGAAGAGGAAGUACGAUUCUCAUGGCGGAUGGUUCUCAAGUAGAGGAUUUGGCUGCUCUGAGAGAGGAUGAUCACUUGUAUAUUUUUUGAGGAAAAAAAAACAAAUGUACUGAAAAUAUUUUGUGUGUUGAUAUACUCAUAUUGAAUCUGACAGUAAAUAUAUGGUAAUGAGAUUGAAUAUAUAUAAUAGAAUAAAUAA